AUGGUGGUCAGCAGUCAAGAAGCCCCACACCCAUACAAAACCAAGCUGGUAAAGAUGCACAAGGUGGUAUUCCAUCUAGCUUCGGCAAAUAAGGAUAUGCAAUAUGGGACUUGCAUCAAACCCACUACCCCGCAAUGGUUGAGUGGAUGGGCAUGUAUAUACCGACUACAACAAACAAAAAGCCCUCGAUUUCUGGUUCUCAUUGUGGAAUUUGCCAUAAGAAAUCGAGUCAAGAUGUCGGAUGAUAAGGAAACGAUAUCGGCGAAUCGCCGCGUGUUUUUUGCGAAUGCGGUGGUGAUCAUGGCGAGUUUUCAGUAUGGGGUGGAUUUUGGUCUUAUUGGCGGGUUGCAGGCUAUGCCUGGGUUUCUUUCGGUAGGAACUCAUAAACUUACAACCCAAAGAGAUUUAAGAGGUCAAACUGACUGUAAAAUUCAGGUCUUCGGCUUCCGCGCUCCCAAAACACCAAGUGGAUGGAAUCUCACAACCGAGCGCCAGCAACUCAUCUCCUCUCUCAUGACCCUUGGUGCCUUCGUCAGUUCCUUCACCGCGGGUUGGAUCGCCAUUAAAUUUGGCCGUCGUCACGCCUUAUGGCUUGCUUGUAUCAUCUGUUGCGUCUCGAAUAUCAUCAUGAUGACGACGGAACAUAUUAAAGUGCUUUAUGCAGGACGAUUCUUGAAUGGAUUGGCGAAUGGCCUGUUCAUGACUUUUUCGCAGCUGUAUAUUCAGGAGAGUAGUCCUGCUAAGUUUAGGGGGUUGUUUUUGACUGCUUUUCAGUUUGGGACGUCGUUUGGGACGUUGAUUGGAACUAUUAUUGAUUACGCUACUGCGAAGAAUUUGGGAAAGUCAGCAUACCUCAUUCCUCUUGGUAUUAUCUAUGUCGUGCCGGCGGUUAUGUCAAUCGCUCUGUUCUUUAUCCCAGAAUCGCCUCGAUGGCUGCUUCUACAAGGGAAACGAGAGGAAGGUGUAAAGUCUCUGGCGCGACUACGACCAGAUGGUACAGAUGUCGAGGACGAAGCAGCUAUUAUUGUAGCUGCUAUCGAAAGAGAAAGAGAACUCAGUAGAGGUGUUGGCGUUGUAGAUUUGUUCCGAAAUCCGAUCGAUAGACGGAGGACUAUCAUUGCUGUUUGUGGUGUUACUACGCAAGCGGCGACUGGUUCUAUGUUUAUCAUUGCAUACAAAGCGUAUUUCUUCACCAUGGCGAAGGUGUCUAACCCUUUCGGUAUGAGUUGCGUACUUAGUACUCUCGGACUCCUCGCACUUGCCAUAAAUUCCUUGAUUGUGGUUCGUUACGGUCGACGCCGUGUUCUUCUGAUGUCAGGAUUGGUCACAUGCGGUAUUCUUCAGCUGAUUAUCGCGAUUACCUACCAUAAAAACCCUGGAACAAAGAAAACCGGUAAAGUGCUCGUAGCACUUUCUUGUCUAUACAUGAUGAGCUACAACGGAAUGGUCUCACCAUACGCAUGGUUGACAGGCGGAGAAAUUCCAUCACAACGUCUCCGAAGUUAUACAUUCGGUCUCUCAGCUGCAAUCGGAUUCUUCUUCGCAUGGCUUACUCAAUUCACCGCUCCGUACUUUAUUAACCCGCUUUCAUUGAACUGGGGUCCACGAUAUGGGUUCAUCUGGUUUCCUUCUGCUAUCAUCACGGCCGUUUGGGUGUUCUUUUUCUUACCUGAGGUUAAGGGGAGGAAGCUAGAAGAGGUUGAUGAGAUGUUCGAGGCAAAACUUGGUGCGAGGAAAUUCGAGGAGUAUGUUUGUGUUGGCCCAUUGAGGUUGUCGGAGGAAAAGCUCAAUGAAAUCGAAGAAGAAAAGGAAGUUCAUUCAGAGGAGAAGCCUACAGUGGAGACUGUUGAAGUGACGAAAAAGUGA